UCACAGCCCCUCACACCGCCCCUCACACCGCCUCUCACACCGCCCCGCCCCUCACAGCCCCUCACACCGCCCCUCACAGCCCCUCACGCCGCCCCUCAUACAGCCCCUCACCGCCCCUCACAGUCCCUCACGCCGCCCCUCACGCCGCCCCUCACAGUCCCACACAGCCCCUCACAGUCCCUCACCGCCCCUCACACCGCCCGGCCCUCACACCGCCCCUCUCACCGCCCCUCACUCCGCCCGGCCCUCACACCGCCCCUCACAGCCCCUCACACCGCCCCUCACAGCCCCUCUCACCGCCCCUCACUCCGCCCGGCCCUCACACCGCCCCUCACAGCCCCUCACACCGCCCCUCACACCGCCCCGCCCCGCUCCGCAGCUCCUGCGCGCCUGGCGCAGCUCUCGCGAGACUUCGCAACAUGGCGCCGGCGGGCGGCGCGAACCUGCCGUGGGUGGAGAAGUACCGUCCGCAGGCGCUGUCCGACCUGGUGUCUCACCGGGACAUCCUCAGCACCGUGCAGCGCUUCAUCAGCGAGGACCGGCUCCCCCAUCUGCUCCUCUAUGGGCCACCCGGCACCGGGAAGACAUCCACCAUCCUGGCCUGUGCCCGGCAGCUGUACCGGGAACGGGAGUUCGGCUCCAUGGUGCUGGAGCUCAACGCCUCCGAUGACCGGGGCAUCGACAUUGUCCGAGGGCCCAUCCUGAGCUUUGCCAGCACCAGGACCAUCUUUAAGAAAGGCUUUAAGCUCGUCAUCCUGGAUGAAGCUGAUGCCAUGACCCAGGAUGCUCAGAACGCCCUGAGGAGAGUGAUUGAGAAGUUCACAGAAAACACUCGGUUUUGCCUCAUCUGCAACUACCUCUCCAAGAUCAUUCCCGCCCUGCAGUCCCGCUGCACCCGCUUCCGCUUUGGCCCCCUGACCCCGGAGCUGAUGGUGCCGCGGCUGCAGCACGUCAUCCAGGAGGAGGGGGUGGAUGUGACCGAGGACGGGAUGAAGGCUCUGGUGACGCUCUCGAGCGGGGACAUGCGCAGGGCCCUCAAUAUCCUGCAGAGCACCUCCAUGGCCUUUGGGAAGGUGACAGAGGAGAAUGUUUACACCUGUACAGGACACCCCCUCAAGUCUGACAUCGCCAACAUCCUCGACUGGAUGCUGAACCAGGAUUUUUCCACUGCCUACCGCAAAAUCACAGAGCUGAAGGCGCUGAAGGGCCUGGCCCUGCAAGACAUCCUCACUGAGAUCCAUCUCUUUGUGCACAGAGUCGAUUUCCCCCCUUCCAUCCGCAUGCAGCUGCUGAUCAAGCUGGCAGACAUCGAGUACCGCCUGGCUGCUGGCACCAGCGAGAAGAUCCAGCUGAGCUCCCUCAUCGCCGCCUUCCAGGUCACCAGGGACCUGGUGGUGGCUGAAGCCUGAGUCCUGCCGGGUGGAUCUGCUGCUGGAUUUGGGAAGGACCAUCAGCCCCAUGCCUGGAGCUGUUCCAUGCAGCUUCCCAGUUCCUUUCUGGCAGCCUUGAGUGCACAGGCAGGCUAAAAAGGUUGUUAAAAGGCAGCAUUAUUCCCAAGCUCCUUGGGAAAAUACAGGUGCCUCAAAAGCCCA